CCGCGCAACAGCCGUCAGGUCACACGGCCGGGAGGGGGGCACGGUGGGGCCUGGGCCUCUGGGCCUGGGCCAGUCACCUUCAAGGAUUUGGUCCCUGCAGCUGUGUUGGGGAUCUUACAUCCGUCGCCCUGGCCGCCCUGUGCAGCCAGAGGCAGCCACCAGUUGUUGGUUGAGAAGACGACCGACUCGCCGGCGGCCGAGUUCUCGCUGGUGGAGGACGUGGCGCUGCACUUCGCCUGCUUGAUGGGCCGCCUGAACGAGCAGCGCCUCUUCCAGCCCGACCUCUGCGACGUGGACCUGGUGCUGGUGCCUCAGCGCAGCGUCUUCCCCGCGCACAAGGGCGUGCUGGCCGCCUACAGCCAGUUCUUCCACUCGCUGUUCACGCAGAACAAGCAGCUGCAGCGGGUGGAGCUGUCCCUGGAGGCGCUGGCCCCCGGCGGCCUGCAGCAGAUCCUCAACUUCAUCUACACAUCCAAGCUGCUGGUCAACGCGGCCAACGUGCACGAGGUGCUCAGCGCGGCCCUGCUGCUGCAGAUGGCCGACAUUGCCGCAUCCUGCCAGGAGCUGCCGGACGCCCGCUCCCUGGGCCCGCCGGGCCCUAGCACUGUGGCCCUCACCCAGCCGGCCACCAGCUGUACCCCGGCCCCACCAGCCUACUACUGUGAGAUCAAGCAGGAGGCCGAUACCCCGGGCCUGCCCAAGAUCUACGCCCGCGAGGGCCCCGACCCCUACUCGGUGCGUGUGGAGGACGGGGCCGGGGGUGCUGGUGGCGCCGUGCCUGCCGCAGUCGGGCCUGCCCAGCCCUUCUUCAAGGAGGUGAAAGAGGGCGGUGCUGAGGGGGCCAGCACCCCACCGGCCGGCCUGUGCAAGCUGGAGGGCAGCGAGGAGCUGGAAGAAGAGCUCGGGGGUUCCGGCACCUACAGCCGCCGGGAGCAGUCCCAGAUCAUCGUGGAAGUGAACCUCAACAACCAGACCCUGCACGUGUCCACGGGGCCCGAGGGGACGCCGGGCACCGCCACCAGCCCGGCCACCAUGGUGCUGGGCCGGGAGGAUGGGCUGCAGAGACACUCAGAGGACGAGGAGGAGGACGAGGAGGAGGACGAGGAGGAAGAGGGUGGUGGCAGUGGAGGAGAGGAGGAGGAAGAGGAGGAGGAGGAGGGAGGCAGUCAGGGAGAGGAGGAAGACGAGGAGGAGGAAGGGCACAGCGAGGAGGAAGAGGAGGAGGAGGAGGAGGGGCACAGCGAGCAGGGUCCAGAGAGCUCAGAGGAGGAGGAAGAGGAGGAGGGCGAGGCUGGGGGCAAGCAGGGGCCGGCAGGGACAGGCGGGCGCCGGGGCAGCCGGGCAGAGCCCCCGCCCCAUAGUCGCAUGGCCACGCGGUCCCGGGAGAAUGCCCGGCGCCAGGGUACCCCGGAGCCUGAGGAGGCUGGGCGGCGGGGUGGGAAGCGGCCAAAGGCACCCUCCGGAGUGACCCCUUCCCCAGUGCGGGUGCCGCCGGCCACCGAUGGGCUGGGGGCCAAGGUGAAGCUGGAGGAGAAGCAGCACCACCCGUGCCAGAAGUGCCCGCGGGUGUUCAACAACCGCUGGUACCUGGAGAAGCACAUGAACGUGACCCACAGCCGCAUGCAGAUCUGCGACCAGUGCGGCAAGCGCUUCCUGCUGGAGAGCGAGCUGCUGCUGCACCGGCAGACGGACUGCGAGCGCAACAUCCAGUGUGUGACAUGCGGCAAGGCUUUCAAGAAGCUCUGGUCCCUCCACGAGCACAACAAAAUCGUGCACGGCUACGCAGAGAAGAAGUUCUCGUGCGAGAUCUGUGAGAAGAAGUUCUACACCAUGGCCCACGUGCGCAAGCACAUGGUUGCCCACACCAAGGACAUGCCCUUCACCUGCGAGACCUGCGGGAAGUCCUUCAAGCGCAGCAUGUCCCUGAAGGUGCACUCUCUGCAGCACUCGGGAGAGAAGCCAUUCAGAUGCGAG